GGAGGUAAUCGGUUCAUUUGUUAUUGUAUAUGAUAAUAUAUGACCUACUUAAUGGGUGGACAGGUAUUUUUACAAUUCAUGAUAUACCAACUAGUCUGUACGUGUAAUAAAAACGGCGACUAGACAUUUGUUUACUGCAGGGACGGUUAAGCGAGUAUUUUUUGCCAUUAUUGUGAAACCGUUCAACCAGUUAUUGUUCAGAUAUAUAACUAUAUAUAGACAAGGAGUAUGUAAUGGGUUUAUUUGUAAUCGAUAAAGGAAGUAGCUGUUUAGAUGAUCUUUUUGUGGGGAUUUCCCAAUCCUUUAGUCGAAGUGCCUUGUCGUAGUUGGUGAUAUACUUAGUUAAUGUAAACUAAUAAAAACAUUUUGUGUACGCUAUGGAUGUGAUUGUGGAAAGAAAACUUGGAAUGGGAGCCUUUGCCUCCGUUUAUUUGGUUAAGACUAAAUUUUCUGAUGACAAUUACUAUCAGUUAGCUUUAAAAGUAAUGGAGUUAUCCAGAGACGACGAACGAAAGAAAGCCAUGAUGAGACAUGAAGUGAAAAUCUUAAGACAAAAUCAUCAUGACAAUAUUGUGUUAUGCCAAGCUGACUUUGAACGGAAUGACCACAUAAUGUUAGUACUGGAGUAUUGUGGUGGUGGGGAUUUAGCUGGAUACAUAGAAUCAUUAAAACCUAGUAAUUAUUUAGAAGAAAAGAAGAUUAUAUUCCUCGCUGUCCAGAUAGCAUCAGCCAUUGAGUAUCUACACGAGCAUCACAUUAUUCACAGAGAUCUGAAACCCGCCAAUAUAUUUCUUACAGAAGAUCAAACUAUAAAGGUUGGAGAUUUGGGAAUAUCGCGGUCGUUAGAAAGUACAUUGGCAAAAGCCAAAACCUUCAUUGGAACGCCGCUGUAUAUGGCACCAGAAAUUCUAAAUUAUCAAGACUAUAGCUAUAAGGCUGAUGUGUGGAGUUUUGGUUGUAUAUUUUAUGAACUUAUGUGCUUGAAGUACCCAUUUAAACAUACAACCAAAGAAGAAGAAAAUAUACUAGAAAAUAUAAGGGAAGGCAGUUAUAUACCUAUUUCAUCACGAUAUGAUCUGAAUCUUCAGGAUUUCGCAAAAGGAGCUUUGCAACUUGAUGAAAUGAAGAGGAUGACAGCUGCCGAUCUUCAUUCGUUUCUUGUGGGAAUGGUGGAUCACGAUCUAAUUAAAACGGUUAAAACAUCAACAGCUAUAGGCCAACCACAAUUGCCGUCUCACAAAAAACUCAUUAAGGCACUGAAUGAUUUUCAUAGAAAGGCUUCGACCCUGGACCUUAGUUCUGCCUCAGAAGAAAACUAUUCGGAUGACUUUGAAUCAGAUUCAGAAGACGAGGAUGAGUUAAAAGAUACGCUGAUGGCAACAGCCAUUAAAAAAAUGAAUAUUCAGCAGUCAGAUACCGCAACUACUUCAUCAAUUCAUGCGGAUAAACCCAAGAAAGCCGAAAUAACAAAGAAGAAGAAACGGGACUCUAUUUUAAAAGUUAAAGUCAAGAGCAAAGCGAAGAACGACUCCCUAAUGGUAUAUACUAGGGGUCAAAGGGUAUCAUAUAAUAACAGUGACGAAAUAGGUUAUGGAGACAGUGAUGAAACAGAUGCAUUUAGUUCGAAUGUUCAGCAGAUGUGUAAAAAGGACAUUGGAGAGGAAAAGUAUGAAAGAGUUUUAAGUCUAAUUUCGUCAAUAAAAGAUAAACAGACAUUAAAGAAACCUUUGAAAAAGAUGCUGGGAAAAGACAACUUUAAAAAAUAUGAGCACCAUUUUCUCAAACGCCAUUAGGCCCCUUUUCCAAUAAAUAACCACUACGCAAUAUUAUUGGGGUAUUUUGGAUUCAAUUUACUCAUUGUCACCGUGGCCAUUGCUCUUGUAUGCAAAAAACCCUGUGAUCGGAAAUUAAAAUUAUAAGGAUGUUUGUGAUUUGCUAGUUAUACUAACAUAGCAUCAUAACAUUAAUAGAACGAGGCCAAGAUGCAUUUAAGUGAUAACGCACACAGACGUGAACCUGACUCUCAAAUAAUGUACAUUAUUAUUUUAAAACACAGAAAGAAACCGAAUCAAUGUGCAUGACAUUUUUUUUCUUUGGCAGAUCUUAACGGAGUAGUCACAGGGCAGUUUUUACACAUGCAAGUCUACCCCAAACACGAUGAAAUAUUUGGAAAUGAUUACAAAUGUUUGAGUUAUAUUACCUCAGUGUGUGUAUAUAGUCAUCGUUAUCUAUUUGCUUGGGAAUAGAGAGAAUUAUGGGGACGUAUCAACAACUAUAUAUGGAAACCAAAUGUUGUAUUGCUUGAAAAAGCUAUUAAAUAGACGAUUUUUAUAGUCUUUAACCAGUUUUAAUUACUUGGGACACCCCUUUAACAAUUUGAUUAAACACAGAUCCUAUUUCGUUUCGUUUUUUAUAGUUCAAAAUUUCGUUUUACUUGUAUUUACUACACUAGGAUCUGAAAGAGUUGUUAUAUAACCCGCGUUGUGGAUGAUGUGAGGGAUUAGCCAAUGAAACGGUCUAUUACGGCAAGUUUUGGGCGUGACGUGCACGGAACAGUUGGUAACCCACUAGAAACAUCAACGCUGAUUGAUUAAUCAAAUGUCUGAGAAAUAGGGUCCAAAGCCGAUCGUAUGACCUUUGACCACUACAACCGGUCAGAUCUUCAUAUAGUUUAGGCCAUCGAAAGUGUAAAAAACGAAACAAAAUAUAAAUCUGUAUUUUAAUCAGAUUUCCCCUUAAUAUCGUAAUCCACAUUUAAUUGAAGCAAUAAUCAGGAAACUGAUAACGUAUUGACAUACAAAUCCUUGUAAAUCGCUUUAUAUGUAUUCAAUAAAUAUCGUAUAUACAUUUU